CGGAGAGGCUGAGGUCAACAUUAAAUUUGAAAUAUUUAAAGUGGAUACAAAACUGUUUCCGCAAUGCAGACAAUUAAGUGCAUUGUUGUGGGCGAUGGUGCUGUUGGUAAAACAUGCCUCCUGAUAUCCUACACAACAAACAAAUUUCCAUCUGAAUAUGUACCAACUGUUUUUGACAACUAUGCAGUCACAGUUAUGAUUGGUGGAGAGCCAUAUACUCUUGGACUUUUUGAUACUGCAGGGCAAGAGGAUUAUGACAGAUUACGACCGCUGAGUUAUCCACAAACAGAUGUAUUUCUAGUCUGUUUUUCAGUGGUCUCUCCAUCCUCAUUUGAAAAUGUGAAAGAAAAGUGGGUGCCUGAGAUAACUCACCACUGUCCAAAGACUCCUUUCUUGCUUGUGGGGACCCAAAUUGAUCUCAGAGAUGACCCAUCUACUAUUGAGAAACUUGCCAAGAACAAACAGAAGCCUAUCACUCCAGAGACUGCUGAAAAGCUGGCCCGUGAUCUGAAGGCUGUCAAGUAUGUGGAGUGUUCUGCACUCACACAGAAAGGCCUAAAGAAUGUGUUUGAUGAAGCAAUAUUGGCUGCCCUGGAACCUCCAGAACCGAAGAAGAGCCGCAGGUGUGUGCUGCUAUGAACACCUCUCCAGAGUCCUUUCUGCACAGCUGGUGUCGGCAUCAUACUAAAAGCAAUGUUUAAAUCAAACUAAAGAUUAAAAAUUAAAAUUCGUUUCUGCAAUAAUGACAAAUGCCCUGCACCUACCCACAUGCACUCGUGUGAGACAAGGCCCAUAGGUAUGCCCCUCGCCAUACUAGUUAAUUUUGAGUAAUUGUGUAUUGUCAGAAAGUGAUCAGUACUAGUUUUUGUUUUGUUGUUUCAAAAAACACUUUUGUUGUUGUUGUUGUUUAAAAGCAAGGCAUGCUUGUGAUGACUUUGUAACAGACUAAUUCGUUGAAGCUGUUCCCUGGUUCCAACCUGGAGAGUAAUCUGGGACACUUUUGUCCCCCCCCCUCUUUUUUUUUGGGGGGGGGAGGAGUGUGUGUGGGGUUUGUUUUUUAGUAGUUUUUUUUUUUUUUUUUAAAUUCAUAACUGAUGGACAGCCCUUAGAGGAGGAGGAGAAAUUAAUUCCACAUUCCACUUCCUAGAUCUCAUUUAGAAAAUGUAUUCCCCACCUGGUGCUCUUAGAAAGGAGUAUAGUAAAUGCCUCGUUUAAUAAUAUACUCCUUUUUGAAAGUUGCCUUUUCUCUCCACCCUUGAGUA